AUGACUUUUUCAAAUUUUGAAAAUACUAUUCAUAAUGAUGGUUCUGAAAACGGCAAUAAUAGAAGAUUGCUUAUUUCAAAUUCCUCGUCUUCUACAGCUCGUACGACAAGUAGUAGCAGUAGUAGUACUGCAAGUAAUGCAAGCACGACUACUGCUGGGAGUAACGUUUAUUAUUAUAUGAAUUAUACUCCAAGUACGUUUAGCUUUAACUAUUCAACUCCUUAUCCAACUCCUUCCCCUGAAGAAAGUCAAUUUGAAGAAUUGGCUGAUUAUUCAGGUACUACCACUGUCAAUUCAUCUCAGUCCGAAACUUCCACAGAUGAUUUAUCUGACGUUUCCACUAUAAUUGACACCGAUCAUAAUAUCAAUAAUGAGUCUGACAAUACUUCUUCUUCCUCAUCUUCCCAUAGAGCAGAUAUUGAAACCUUAUCAGAUCUAGAUUUUGACAAAACCGUGGAAGAAGAUGAAGAAGAUGAAAAGAUCUUAGAUGAAGUGGAAAAUGAACAAUAUCAAAAAAACACUAAUAAAGAUAAUGAUGAUGAUGAAGGUGGUCAUUACAAUAAUAACAAUACUAAUAAUAAUAGUAAUAAUACACCUGUAGCAAGCAACUCUACAAGUAUCUUUGAUAAUACCAAUAGAAGUAAUACAAUUAAUUAUCGCAGUAAACACUUUUGUUGUGAUACGCAUAAAAGAAGUAGAUCAAAAGUUCCAAAAACAUAUAGUUUUAGAAACUAUUGUGUCAUUGCAGGUACUCUUUCACCUCCUCCAUAUGACCUUUAUCUCUUUGAUACCCCACCUACAAAAUCCACCAAUUUCAAUGAGAGGGUUGAGAAUUUCUUUGAAAGAGGGAGAGAUUUACAUACCCAUAUUCAUGAUGAAUUGGCAAGGGGACCUACAAAAAAGAAGGCUAAAACUAGAGUCUUUUUUAAAGUUAUAAAAGGUGACAAAAUAAAAUCUACUAUUGUUACUACAAAUGGUAGUAAAUUAAAGACAAGAGUUGUUUACUUGAAUAAAUAA